GCAAACAGAGACAGGAGGGAAGAGAGGGGAAGAAUAGGAAGUGAAAGCCCAGGGCACGGGAGCAGCGCUUGGCCCGGCCCUGGGGACUCCCCAGGUGGCCAUGUUCUGUGGGAAACUAGUCCUGCAUCUCAAUGUACAGACAGGGCACUGGGAACCAGAUGCCUCCAGCACCCACACCUGCUUCCGCACCACAGAAGAGAUCCGGAGUUACUGCCAGGAGGUCUAUCCAGAGCUGCAGAUUACCGGUGCCGUGGAGGGCACCCAGCCAGUCACAAUUGACAACUGGUGCAAAAAGGGGCGGCCCAGAUGCAAAGGCCAUCAGCACAUCGUUGUACCCUACCAGUGUGUGGUGGGUGAGUUUGUGAGUGAAGCCCUCCUCGUGCCCGACAAGUGCAAAUUCUUGCACCAUGAGAAAAUGGACUCGUGCGAGACCUACCUGUAUUGGCACAGUGUGGCCAAAGAGGCCUGCGGUGUUGAGGACCUAGAGCUCCAUAGCUAUGGGAUGCUGCUACCCUGUAGGGCUGAUCGCUUCCGGGGUGUGGAGUAUGUGUGCUGUCCUUCACGACCCUCCCCUCUCCAAGUGGAACAAGUCACUGAGGCUCCUCAGAUGCUUGCCCAUAUGAGGGAGGAUGCUCUGCACAGUAACAAGGUUCCGACAGGACAUAUGCCAACUGAAGAAGAGAGCUUGGAAAUGGAGGAAGAUGGGGAUAUGGAUGAAGAGGAAGAGGUGGAAGAGGAGGAGGAGGAAGAGGAGGAGGAGGAGGAGGAGGAAGGCCCAGGAGACAGUGCCCCAGACCCAGACCCCUUCCCUGCUACUUGGGAUGACUAUUUUGUGGAGCCAGAUCACUACGAUGACACCAUCACCCAAACCACUAUCACUACCACAACACAGACCACUGAAGAAGAUGUCAAAGUAACCCCAACCCCUCGCCCCACUGAUGGUGUGGAUGUGUACUUUGAAAUGCCUGGAGAUGGGAAUGAACAUGCCAACUUCCUGCGUGCCAAGAUGGACCUGGAGGAGCGCCGCAUGAGACAGAUCAACGAGGUGAUGAAGGAAUGGGCUGAGGCCGACAACCAAGCAAAGAACUUGCCAAAGACCGACAGACAAGCUCUCAAUGAGCACUUUCAGUCCAUACUUCAGACCCUCGAAGAGCAGGUGGCAAGGGAGAGACAGCGGCUGGUGGAGACUCAUCUGGCCCGCGUCGUGGCAUUGCUCAAUGAUAAUCGCCGCGCCGCCCUGGAGAGCUACCUGGCGGCUGUGCAGAACGAGAACCCCCAGCCGGAUCGUGUACUGGCCGCUCUGAAGAGAUAUGUGCGGGCAGAACAGAAGGACCAGCGCCAUACCCUCCGCCAUUACCAACACGUGGCUGCUGCUGAUCCUGAGAAGGCAGAGCAGAUGAAGUUCCAGGUAUAUACCCACCUACAUGUAAUUGAAGAACGGAUGAACCAAAGUCUGGCGUUGCUCUACAAGAAUCCUCAACUUGCACAGGAGCUUCGAGGAGACAUUGAGGAACUGCUGCGAUCGGAGCGCGUGUCUACCAAUGACCUCCUCACCACCUCUAUCUCUGAGACACGCACCACAGAGGAAUUCCUGCCCAUGGACAGUAGUGAGGACUUGGUUUCUGAGAGCCGUUCUUACCCACGUGAUGGAGAAGAUUCUGAACAAGCUAACAAGAAAGCUUCAGGACUGGCAGAAUAUGAUUAUCCCACUAGUGACAAAGCCUUAUUGUAUGAGUACGAACAUAAGGUCAAUAUAUCUGCUUCAGAUGUCAAAGGCAUGGUGUACAAGUCCCAAGAGAUCCAACGUGACGAGCUGGUAAGUGGCUUUGGAACCAGCCAGAAACAGCUGCAUCUCGACCUCCCACCUGGUCAGGAGCCAGACACCUUGGUAACCAUCAACAGGGGUGCCCUGAUUGGCCUCCUGGUCGUGGCAGUGGCUGUUGCCAUGGUGAUAAUCAUCAGCCUCCUGAUGGUUCGCAGGAAGCCGUACGGGACCAUCAGCCACGGUAUUGUUGAGGUGGACCCCAUGGUUAGCCCUGAGGAACGACAGCUGAGCAAAAUGCAAAACCAUGGAUAUGAGAAUCCUACCUACAAAUUCUUUGAAGAGAUGAAUUGAGUUUCCUCGAGGAAGGGGUUGUGGGAGGGAGGGGUUGUCACUGGGGCUGUGGGCAUUACCAUGUGGGUGGGAGGGAGUGGUAUCUACAGGGGGAGAGGGGUAGGUUCCACACACCUUCCACACAGAGCCCCUCUUUCUCUUUCUCUGCCCUGGGCUGAGCCUUGCUCUCACUCCACACCCUCUCCCUACACGUUUUUGUUCUUCCUCUUGCCAUAAUCUUCCUCACAACACAUCCAUUUGGGCAUUUACAGCUUCCCGUCCUUGGCCCACCCACUUGCCAUUCGCUCCUCCACUUUUGCAAUGACCCUCAAUUAGUCAUCACUUCUAGGGGCUCCUCACCUACCCACCCACCCAGGCUGUUGUUCAUAGUUGCCCUGCCUCUGAGAAUGUGAGCUAUCGUCAUCUGAUAACCUCCACAAUGCACCAUUCCCCAGAUUGCUAGUUGUAUCUGCAGGAUGGUCUGGGGGAGGGCGGGCAACGACCACGUGCACACAUUAAACUCUUGUGGGUGCACCUCACUAAUCCAUGUCCCAUUGCAUAGGGCUACCCCAUGUGCAUCCGCCUCAAUUGCACAGGUCCAGAUUCAUUUUGAAGCUGCAGCCCCUACACCUGUGUACAUCACCUCAGAACCCUGGAUGGGCACAGAAGACUGCAUUCCACAGAGCUGCAGCCUCCGACCAUAUUCCAUCCCUUUGCAACUCCAUUUUGCAAGGGUUUCUUUCUCGACAUGGGGGAAAGCCUUUGGCUACUGUUGUGAGGCAGGAGUGCCCACAGGCCCAACGCUAACCCUAACCUGCCUCCAGUGUAGGAAUCAAAUGCCACCCUACACUUGCUUGCCUUUUCCAUCGCCACGUGUACGAUGCUUCCUUUUGAACUCCUUACUAGUUCCACUUAAUUUAUUGGAAAGCCAGCUGAAGAGGGUUGACCUCUUUAGAGGGUCUGCUUCCUAUGGUCCAGUUAACUUCCAUCAUCAGCACCUUACUUACGAGUUUGGAGAGGGGAGACCCAAGGAUACUAAGCUCCCCUCCCCACCCACCUAUUCCUUUCUCUUGUCCUCCUUGAAAGAUGCAAGGGAUCGGGGACAGAAUUGCUGAAACAGAGUAAGAGGGCUGGUCUUGGUCCGUCCAAGAUGUUCCAAGCCUGGGAAGUCAGUUCAACAAUGGGGCGGGGGUGUGGGGCAGGGGGAGUUUCCAUUAUAGGGCUAGGCUGGUAGGCAUAGGCCAGUUCUGUUUUGUUUUGUUUUUCUCUCUCACUUGUGGUGGGAUGUUUUCUUUCGGGUAAAUUCUUCCUUAUGAGGCGCUGCUAUUUGAUUCAAUCGCCUUCCAAAGCAAUGCCUUUUCUAGAAUGAACCAUCCCAGCCUCUGAAAUGGAGGGGAAUCUUGGGCCACUUCGGUGAUCGUCUCUUGCCAUUGUGUCUGCCCAGAUGCACGGCCAUUUUUAGCCACUACUUGAGGGUGGGAGAUACAGGCCUGGUUCUGCCAGUGGACUGUACCACUUGACUUGCUUUCCUGCUGGUGCAGUUGGGUGACAGAAGAAGAGAAAUACCACGUUGUUGCAAUAUAUUAAUAACAGGAGUGCUGAGACAGAGUAGGAAAAAAAAUUCCACGGGGUCAAUUUUGCUUUCAUUUUGGUUGGUCUUCCCUCAAGACAUAAGUCCAUUUGGAAGAGCACUGGGGUUUUUAAAAUGCAAGGUAGCCACCUAGCCCAGUGCUCGUGGCCUUUGGGAUCCUGUGAGGAGAGAGAGAGAUGUUCAGAAAGUUUCUUGUGCCCCAAAUACCCUCUGCUCUGUUUGUGCCGAGUCAUUUCCUGCCUUUCCUUGACCCAAUUUGUUUCAGUUCAUGUUCCUUUUUAAGCUGACACUCUCGAAAAUAAGAUGUGAAUGUCAAGAGACAAACCAGGAGAUGGGUUUCAAUUGCCAGCCCUCCCACUAAACUAAUAAAAUAUUGUCACUUCUCUAACCCCA